CUGAAAUGACCUUGCGCGUCAUUCGAAUUGUAACGUGUUUUUCGUUCUUUUCAAGUCUACAUAACCUAAGUUAGUUGUAACUGUUAUUAUUAGUUUUGUCUCUAUCAUUUUCAACCAUAAUGGACUACCAUCCGGUGGAAGCAUCAACUCCAUUCACAGUAGCAACAUAGUGUUAACAUACCACUUACUACAAACUACAUAUAAUUAAUACUAACACCACUCCUUCUGGAGUCAACCAAAACUACGGCAAUCAAGUUGCGGAACAAACUGCAUAAAAGAUUACCGGAAACAAGGAACCCUAACCUCACAACCAAGAAGCGAAUACAAAGAAAUCAAAAUGAUUUACAAUAGCUUGUAAAAGCUAUAUUGGAUAUUGAAAGUUAUUUCAAACUAACAUACAGUCAGGAUUUUUGGAGACCUCAGUGGGAUUGCCGAAAGAAGCAUAAUUAGAAGACCAGAGUCUUUACCUUGUGUCAUUCACCAAAAAUGGAUGUACAUUGUAUCACUCAAUUGAUCGGAGAGUUUCAAUUAACCUCAGAUAAACAGAAUGCUGAUGUAGGCGAUUACCUUUUGGGUGAUGAAUUCCCUAAGUCAUGGAACAUAGACAAAUUGAGUCUGCCUCCGAAAUCAAUACCCUUACUUAAAUACAAACUGAUAGAUGAAGAAGAAGAGGAAAGCGUUUCACUUUCAACAAGUCACAUUUACGCGAAUGGUCCUCUUUCAAGAAGUCACACACUGCCUGCACAAUUUAAAUCUCUCAAAUGUUUAACAAAAGGAAAUUCAAAAACUGUUUAUGAAGCAACUUUAAGAGUUACAACUGAAGGUGGAUUCAAUUUUUCACCUGGCGACAGUAUCUCCAUAUUUCCAGAAAACGAUCCAUACACUGUAUCAUGGUUGUUAAACCGCCUAGAUCUAGACAGUUUGAAGAACGCGGAUACACCCUUUAUCGUAGAAGCCGUGGAUACAAAAGCACGAAAUCUCCCGUCUUGGUUAAUUUCUGGUCAUUCAACUUCAUUGCGGUUUUUAUUGACAUAUUGCUGUGAAUUGUACAUACCAAUAAGUCGUCGGAUUUUGAGAAUUUUGGCAGAGUACUGUGUUGAUGAUGAAACUAAUUCUGUUAGUUUUGACAGACAACGAAACCGACUGUUAGAGUUUGCAAGUCAAGAGGGAAAGAAUAUGUUUGAAAUGUAUAUUGUAAAGCCACAACUUAAUCUUAUGGAUAUUCUCUACAUGUUUCCAGCGUGCCGGCCACCAUUUAUUCGCCUAUUAGAAAUUCUACCACGCCUGCAACCGCGUUCCUAUACACUGAUUAAUUUAUAUGAUGAUCAAGCAUUAUCCGACGACCAACAAGAUUUAACGUUUAUUUUCACCAGAGUAGACUUUGAGCAUAAUAGCAAUAACAACAACGAUUCUGCUGUAAGCAGAUUACGUUACCCGCAUCGACAUCAUGGCACGUGUAGUGGUUGGUUAGAAAGAAAGUGGCUCAGUGUUAACCGACCUAUUGGUGGUGACCAUGAUCAUCUUCACAUGGAAGACACUUCCACACGCACAGAUAUACCGAUUAUCCACAUAUAUUUACGUCAAAAUUUAACACAAUUUUAUCUACCUGAAGAGGAUGCCCAACAACCAGUUAUUAUGAUUGGUGCUGGCAGUGGAAUAGCACCGUUUAUCAGCUUUAUAAGACAACGUAAACGUGACUGCUGUAAGACGGGAUCGUCAACCAAUAACUUAUGGUGGUUAAUCUAUGGAUGUCGUUCUCCAACAACUAGUCUUCUCUUUAAAGAAGAAUUAUCAGAUGCUGUCAAUACUAAACUGUUAAAACAUUUAUGCCUUUGUUUCUCCAGAGAUACUAUCAAUUCAGCAGAUGACAAAUAUACUCUUGCCGACCUGCCAUCAGUAUUAUGCGAACAAGCUUGUUUCCCCUUAAAAUCACAUUAUGUUCAACAGUGUAUCCACCAUACUGACUCCGCUAGCAAUACUAAUCCAUCUGACCAUGAUAUUGAAUUAAUGCAUCUUGUUUAUGAUCGUAACGCAAAGAUAAUGGUUUGUGGUGAUGCACGUGGUUUAGCCACCGGGGUUUUCCAAGCUUGGAUCAAGUUAUUAGCUAUGAAACUUCACUGGGUACAAACAAGUAAUUGGUGUACAUAUACAGAGUUAACUAGUGAAGAAUUGAAAAACGCUCAGAUGUAUCUGCAAGAAAUGCGUAAAUCUAAACGCUAUCAAGAAGAUGUUUGGUUGUGAAGAUGUUAUAUAUAUAAUUAAUGCUGAUGGUUACUUUGUUGCUCUGUACAAAUGAAAGCAUAGCUAUUAUUAUUUUUUAAAGA